AUGUUGCGAGAACUGCCGUAUAUCAGUCUGGACAUCAGCAGUGACCUUUCCCUCUCCAGAGUGUCUGAAGCUUCCAAUGGAUGGAUCAACCACUAUGCGUCCAUUUUAAACAUUCAAAAGGAUCCAAAUGACGUUUUCGACGUAAUGGCGGUGAGACACCAGCUUCAUCCACUCCGGUGGUGUGUGUCGAUAGACAAAAGCGAUGCCCAUAUGCUCGCUACUCCAUACAUGCCAAUUGAGCAUUCAGUACUUGGCCAUGAUUUUACGCCUGAAACGGAUCCUCGUGUGAACAGCGAUCCACACUCGAAUAUGAUCGACCCUUCGAAAGAUAUUGGUGGGGCUAGAUGUGACAUGUUUAUCCCAGCUAGCACGAAGACCUGUGAUGCCGCGCCUCAAAACAGGCAACCCAUUGUAGAGCUGUUUGAGACCAAAGGCAAAGGGGUUGGAGUUCGGAGUUUACAGAGAAUCGAGGGCGGUAUGAUUCUGGCAGAAUAUGCCGGAUAUAUCACAAAGGAAAUCGUUUUCCAUCACCCAUACGUCCUCCAUGGUCCCCAUGCUAUUGAUACAGUCAACUGCAAAAUUAAGUCUUAG